CGGAGAAAUCUCCGGGGUUAUUCCCAGCCGAGCUGUCGGGAGCCGUGUUCGUCUGCGGGGCUGGGUCUGCCCCGUGGGGGUGGCAGGUGCCCAGAGGAACCAGGAGAAGCUGAGCCUGGCCGUGGAGAAGCCAAACUGUGCAGGAACAAAAUCAGGGAAGCAGUUUGGGAGCUGCUGGGCUCCGGCAGGGCUGCGAGACGGAGCCGGCCUCGGGUCACGCUGAUCAGGACGCGAAGGAAAAUGGACUUCAGACCAGGAGUUUGGAAAUGCUCAAGGAUCGUUCUCCCCCUCCACUGCCUUUUUUCUUCUCCCUCCUCGUGAGCAGCAUAAUUUCUGGAUGGAAACCAGGCCUCUUCCUGCACAGAAAUGGGAUUUGCCGUGGAAAGCGUCGGGGAGCGAAUUAACCGGAGCCUUUUCUGGAUGAAUUUUUGCACAGACGUGACAGAGUCUGGGAAAACUUGUGGCAUCCGAGUUCCUCCCUCCUGCUCCAUAGGUCCUGCUAGCGAGUCAUGAUGGUUGAAUCUGCCUCGGAGACGAUCCGCUCCACGCCCUCGGCGCAGAACGGGGUGAGCAGCCUCAGCAAUCAGCCCGAUGCCGGCGGCGGCGGCCCCGGGGGCGGCGGCUGCGACGGAGCCGCCGGAGCCGAGGCCAACGGAGAGAUGAGCCCCGUGGAGCUCCUGCACUUCCAGCAGCAGCAGGCUCUGCAGGUGGCUCGGCAGUUCCUGCUGCAGCAGGCCACGGGGCUCAGCUCCCCCAGCAGCAACGAGGGCAAGCAGCCAGCGGUGCAGGUCCCCGUGUCCGUGGCCAUGAUGUCCCCGCAGAUGAUCACGCCGCAGCAGAUGCAGCAGAUCCUGUCCCCGCCGCAGCUCCAGGCCCUCCUGCAGCAGCAGCAGGCGAUAAUGCUGCAACAGCUGCAGGAAUACUACAAGAAGCAGCAGGAGCAGCUUCACCUGCAGCUGUUGACCCAGCAGCAAGCCGGAAAGCAGCAACCCAAAGAGCCGUUGGGGAACAAGCAGCUGGCCUUCCAGCAGCAGCUCCUGCAGAUGCAGCAGCUCCAGCAGCAGCACCUGUUAAACCUGCAGCGCCAGGGCCUGGUGAGCCUCCCGCCCGGGCAGGGCACGGUGCCCCUGCAGAGCCUGCCCCAAGCUGUUUGCCCCUCAGACCUCCAGCAGCUCUGGAAGGAGGUCACGGCCGCCCAGCCCGUCGAGGACAGCAUUAAGCAGGAAGGUCUUGACCUCACCACCAACACCUCCAACUCUACCUCGUUUUCGGCCGCCAAGGUCUCGCCUCCCAUUUCCCAUCACCCUCUGCCCAAUGGACAGAGCACCAUGCACACGCCGAGAAGGGACAGCUCUUCCCACGAAGAGACCCCCGGCUCCCACCCGCUCUACGGCCACGGAGAGUGCAAGUGGCCUGGCUGCGAAACCCUCUGUGAGGACUUGGGGCAGUUUGUCAAACACCUCAACACAGAACAUGCACUUGACGACCGAAGCACGGCCCAGUGUCGAGUCCAGAUGCAAGUGGUACAGCAGCUGGAGAUACAGCUGGCCAAGGAGAGCGAGCGCCUCCAAGCAAUGAUGGCCCAUCUUCACAUGAGACCUUCAGAGCCAAAGCCUUUCAGCCAGCCUGUAAGCCUGAACCUGGUCUCCAGUGCCACCCUCUCCAAGAGCACUUCCGACACGUUUCCCGACGGUUUACCUCAUCCCCCCACCUCGGCCACGGCGCCCAUCACCCCCCUGCGGCAGGGCCCCUCCGUCAUCAGCUCUUCCACUUUACACAACGUGGGGCCCAUCCGCAGGAGGAACUCGGAGAAGUUCUGCACCCCAAUCUCUUCAGAGCUUGCACAGAAUCACGAGUUUUACAAAAACGCCGACGUCCGGCCGCCCUUCACGUACGCCUCGCUCAUCCGGCAGGCCAUCCUGGAGACCCCCGACAGGCAGCUAACGUUGAAUGAAAUCUAUAACUGGUUCACGCGGAUGUUCGCCUACUUCCGGAGGAACACGGCCACCUGGAAGAACGCCGUCCGCCACAACCUGAGCCUGCACAAGUGCUUCGUGCGCGUGGAGAACGUCAAGGGCGCCGUGUGGACCGUGGACGAGCACGAGUACCAAAAGCGAAGGCCACCAAAGAUGACAGGGAGUCCCACCUUAGUCAAAAAUAUGAUUUCAGGACUCGGUUAUGGAGCACUUAAUGCAAGUUACCAGGCUGCGCUGGCGGAGAGCAGCUUCCCCCUGCUCAACAGCCCCACCAUGAUCAACACCAGCUCGGCCAGCGCCAUGCUGCACGUGGGCCACGACGACGUCAGCAGCACCGUGGAGCAGGUCAACAGCAACGGCAGCAACAGCCCCCGCCUGUCCCCGCAGCAGUACAGCCACCCCGUGCACGUGAAGGAGGAGCCGGCCGAGGCGGAGGACGACAGCAGACCCGUGUCGCUGAUGGCCACCACCAACCAGAAUGUGACGAUCCCCGACGACAGGGACCUGGAGGAGGAGCUGCCGGUGGAGGACUUGUCCUAAGGACUCCUUCCUCCUCCCCCGCCCAGGGGCAAACCCUCCCCACCCUCCCGGACGGAGACCGAGCGACGCCCCCGCCUCCCCAAGGUGACCUCGGCGCCGUCCUGGUUCUUUCAAGGCACUUCCACAAAGCAAAAGGUUUUCCUUGGGACAAUGACAAUGACACCGACCUGUUGCUGCUGGCGUGUCCCUCACGCUGCCACUGCCCGGGGACGGACUGGCCCCGCCACGACACGAGAAGCAAAACCCCAAGAGCUGGACUUUUCCUGCCCUCCUCCCUUGGUUAGUGACUGGUGGCCGAGGAUGGUAGGUUGGUUGUUCCUGUCCGAAAUGGUCCCUCCUUCCUUCCUUCCUCCAGGGAAGCCACCUCUGUCCCCCCGAGCCCCGGGGAGCGGUGGCAGGACCCUGCUGUCACCUCCGUGUCCCCCGGUGGGUUUUGCACGACGGGGGGAGCGUGGGCCCUGCCCAGGUGCUGCCCCCACCCAGCUUUGGGGGAAGAAACAGCAGAAAUGGGGCUGAGCUCUCUCUGCCAGCUGCAGGGUUUGUCACCGAGCUGGGAUGGACACUCAUUGGCGCAGUGGUGGCACUGUGUCCCCUUGUCACCUCUGCCUGGCAAGCAGAGCGGCCUCCCAGCUUGCCCACCCUCACCAAGCCCCAGCUGGUGGGGGCUGCUGGCCUCAGCAGUGCUGACCAUCAGUGCUGACCAUCCCCAGCAGUGCUGGCAGCGAGGUCACAGCUCCCAGGUAACAGCUCCUGGGUCACAGCUCCCAGGUGACAGCUCCCAGGUGACAGCUCCUGGGUCACAGCCCCCAGGUGACAGCUCCUGGGUCACAGCUCCCAGGUGACAGCUCCCAGGUGACAGCUCCCAGGUCACAGCUCCCAGGUCACAGCUCCCAGGUCACAGCUCCCUCCCUCGUGCAGGACCUUGGUGCCACCUCCCUGCCAGCAGGGAUGCCCACUGCUCCCGUUCCACUCCAGGAAAGGCUCCCCGUGCCUCCCAUUCCACCCCCAAAGCCGGGGCAGCGCCGUGGUGGAGCAGAGGGGCAGCAUCCCCAUGGCCGAACACCUGCAGGGACCUGGGGGUCACCAAAGCUGGCCCUGGAGCAUCCCCGUGGUGGCCAAAUCUGCCCGUGACCCCUGAGCCUGCUGCUGCUGGGGGGGAGGGAGGGAAUUCUGCUUUUCAUCUUUUCUUUUCCUCAUCCUUUUGUUUGCGUCCAGAUGGGAAGAUACCAAAAGAUUUCUAGAGACAGAAGGGCCGUAGUUCAGGUGAACAGAUGGUAUUCAUGCCAAAAAAAAAAAAAAGAAA